UUAAAAACUCUUUAAACCCAUGUUUUCUUUUUUUCUGGAGGGCUAGGCCGGCGCUGUUUACGCAACUCAAGUAAGUUUCCACAGGGAGAAAUGGCUUUAAGGGAAAUAAAUAAGCUGUUUACGCUGAACACUAGUUUUCCAGUUUUUCCCCUUGACCAGUUUGAGUGGCUCUUCACCAAGGUAAUGAAAGUCGAAGGAGCGUCAAUAGAGCUAGAGAGGGGCUAUGUGCAAAUAUUAUGUUGGACAUUUUACAAAUCCCCGGGAGCAUCAAACUAGGCCUAUAUCUAUACUAAUAAAAAAGUAAUAAUAUAGCAGUGUUGAACCCCACCGUACAGGAGCGACACAAAAUAUUGAAUUCUACUUCGAAUGCUGGAGGGAACUAUAUGCUUAAAUGUUUCCAGUGACGGGUGCAUAUGCGCAUCCAUCAGUGCGGAUGAAAGGCGCUGAGGCAGACUGGACGCCCAUACAAUGCACAGACAGGGAGUGUAGCCACUCCUGGAUGAAGGCUCCGCAUCUGCACUGUCCAUUCUGCUCCCAGGACAGUCUCUUCACUGAGGAGAUUCUCCUCAAGGCGCACUACGUACAGGGUCAAGUACGUGGAUAAAGGCAUCAACUUUGGGGGAUGUCAACCAGAUCUUCACCACAUACACUGACCCAGCACCCAACAGUACCAGCCUGGUAACACACCUCAUAGUCCCCCAGUCACAGCAGCCAUCGGAGACAGACACAUCAUCCCCGGGGCUAUGAGCAGACUGAUGGGCAGCAGCCGCAGAUCGAGUACCAGUAUGCCUGCAUCAAUGAUCCGAGUCAGAGCACUGCCAAUGGGGAAGGUAAGAUGUUGUCCUUAUUGAAAUACCAGAUGAAGGAAGCAAAGAGGAUUUGGAGGACGAGACUUGCUACACAGAGCACAACUUGUCGCUGCUGCUGCAGGAGAAGGAAAGUCUGGAGAAGACUCUUGAGGAGGAGCGGACCGCGUGGGCCCAGACAGAGCACAGAAUGAAAGGUACUAUAGAAAGGCUUCGUACAAAGGUUGAGUAUUUGUCCAACACAAACAUGUCACUCAAGCAGCAGCUGUCCAUGAUUCACACGUCCAGUUUGAAACAUCUAACCAACGACAGCGAGAACCAGUCCAUUUUGCAAGAGUUACUGCAACACAUGUCUGAGGAGCACACCCAGCUGCUGCACCACCAUCUAGCACAGCUACGACUGUACACUCAGGCCUGCGCAUUAUCCAAAUCAGCCCCCAAGGAAUCUGCAGCUGAAUCUACAGUCUUGGUACCAGACCUGGCUGACCAAUCACAGGACAUCUCACACAUGGCCAUGAUGUCGUCCUCGGAGGGCACCCUUGGGAACAUGGAGCAGACAGUCGUCAUGACGAUAACGUCUGAGGAGGAUUCGGAGCCGUCGGCAACAUCGUGGAUAACCCCGGAGAUACUGUGGGACAUGACUCCUUGACUUUGGAUAAGGACGUUCACUUGUCACCAAAUGACAUUCUGUACCAACUGACAAGCGAGGGACUGUCACCAAGACAUACCACCUCUGAGUCGGGUCACGUUUAUCAAUCAGGUAGAACUCAUUCACAUCACAACACAGGCUGUGAUGUCACGCAACAGGAUUUUCACAAGAACAAAAGUUGAAAAUUGGUUCUUUCCAACAGCAUGCCAAAA